AUGGGCGAGACCGGAAAACACAAAUGGUUCUCCUUUCACCACCACCGCUCAGCCUCCGCCACAACUAUGCCGCAGCAAAACCCCGGCGAAACUCCGACGGAGUUCCUCUGCCCCAUCACCGGAUUUCUAAUGUCGGAUCCCGUCGUCGUCGCCUCGGGUCAGACAUUCGAGCGUAUCUCCGUCCAGGUGUGCCGGAAUCUCGGGUUCGCGCCGAAGCUUCACGACGGAACUCAGCCUGAUAUAUCAACAGUAAUCCCCAAUCUCGCCAUGAAAUCAACUAUCCUCAGCUGGUGCUCCAGGAACAAACUGGAGCAUCCACGACCUCCCGAUUACGCUUACGUCGAAGGCGUCGUUCGUGCCCGAAUGGACAAGGAUCCGGGUAACCGGGUCUCCAAAUCGGAGAUUCUGCUUCCGGUGGCUGAGAAUUCGGCGUUGGAUUACGAUUCUAUGAUGGGAGCGAUUCGAUCUCGGUCAAGGAAUUCGAUUUCGUCUUCCACUUCCCUUCCGCUUCACCAUCCCCGGCCGGUUAGUCACUCGAUGGUCUCUCCAUCUUACAAUCCGUCGUCAGAAGUUUACGCCGGAGUUGAGAAUCAAAACCGGAUUCACAGCUCCUUCUCUACCUCCGAUUACUCCUCUUUUCCUCCGAUGACACCGGAGGAAGAAGAGAUUUACAACAAAUUGGCAAGCGCGAACACAAUUGACCACGAGCAAGGUCUGAUUCUGCUGAGGAAGACGACGAGAUCGAGCGAGAGCGCAAGGAUUUCACUCUGCACGGAUCGAAUCCUCUCCUUGCUCCGGUCACUAAUCGUUUCACGGUACAACAUCGUCCAGACGAACGCCGCCGCAUCGGUGGUCAACCUCUCGCUGGAGAAGCCGAACAAAUUGAAGAUCGUACGGUCUGGAUUCGUUCCUUUAUUGGUCGAUGUGCUCAAGUCGGGAUCAACGGAGGCGCAGGAGCAUGUAAUCGGAGCUCUGUUUAGCUUAGCGGUUGAGGAGGAGAACAAAAUGGUGAUCGGAGUUCUCGGAGCUGUGGAGCCGCUACUCCACGCUCUCCGAUCAUCAGAGAGCGAGAGAGCGCGUCAAGACGCAGCUCUUGCGCUUUACCACCUGUCGUUGAUCCCGAACAACCGAGCGAGGCUGGUUCGAGCCGGUGCGGUGCCGAUGAUGCUGUCAAUGGUCAGAUCCGGCGAAUCGGCGAGCCGGAUACUUCUGUUGCUCUGUAAUCUCGCGGCUUGUUCGGAAGGGAAAGGAGCGAUGCUUGAUGGUAACGCGGUGGCGAUACUGGUUGGGAAACUUCGGGAAGGUGGGGUUGAUUCAGAGGCGGCGCGUGAGAAUUGCGUGGGGGCUUUGUUGACGCUAAGUAUGGGGAAUAUGAGGUUUAGAGGAUUGGCGAGUGAGGCAGGUGCGGAGGAGAUUAUGACGGAAAUUGUGGAGAGCGAGAGCGGAAGCGAGCGUUUGAAGGAGAAGGCGGCGAAGAUUCUGCAGACGAUGAGAGGCGGAGAGAGGGAUUUUGGAGAAGGUGCGGAGGCGCGUGAGUGGAACCGCAUGUUGGAAGCGAGUGGGCUAAGUCGUUCUCAGUUUCAAGGAGGAGGACAAAAAGAAGGUUUCGCUUAUUCCUCUCAGUUUUAG